UGCAUUGUGUGCGACCCACCCAUGAGUUUCUGCUUUGUCACUGAAUUGGUGUGAAUUUGUGGUGACUUUCAAAACAGUGUCCAAUUGUCUGCAAUUGAUUUCAUUUGAUAACUCAUACGCGAGUGUCCAUUGACUCAAGAGGAAUGGCAUCCGAGAGAUACAGCUUUUCAUUGACUACUUUCAGUCCGUCGGGAAAGUUAGUGCAGAUCGAGUACGCGUUGGCAGCCGUGGCCGCCGGUGCACCCGCUGUAGGCAUUAAAGCGUCGAAUGGCGUGGUGUUGGCGACCGAGAAGAAGCAUAAGUCGAUUAUAUACGAAGAGCACUCUAUCUUCAAAGUGGAGGCCAUCACCAAACACAUCGGUCUCGUGUACAGCGGAAUGGGUCCCGACUAUCGACUUCUGGUGCGAAGAGCGCGCAAAAUAGCGCAGCAGUACUACUUGACGUACUCCGAGCCCAUACCCACCACUCAAUUGGUUCAACGCGUCGCCCAUAUUAUGCAAGAGUACACCCAAUCAGGAGGUGUUCGACCUUUCGGUGUCUCCCUAUUGAUCGCUGGAUGGGAUAACGACAGACCCUAUCUCUUCCAAUGCGAUCCAUCCGGUGCAUACUUUGCAUGGAAGGCCACAGCUAUGGGCAAGAAUCACAUAAACGGCAAGUCCUUCCUCGAGAAACGUUAUAGCGAAGAGUUAGAGCUCGAGGACGCCAUUCAGACGGCUAUAUUGACUCUGAAAGAGGGCUUUGAGGGACAGAUGACUCCCGACAACAUAGAGAUCGGCAUUUGUGACGCCCAGGGAUUCAGAAGACUAUCUCCAACUGAAGUGAAGGAUUAUUUGGCGACAAUCGCUUGAUUUCGCAUCACUUUCCCUUUAUUUUAAUAAAUUUGUUUUUUAAUAAAUUAUAAAAUUGCUGUCAA